ACGAGCGACUUACUCCAUGACUUCCCCAGAAAUGCGGGAUGUUGGUCAAUAUUACCUCAGGGCUCGGCAUGAUAUUAGCUAUUUGCUCCGACUGUAUCUCUCCUUGCUCCCUAAGAUAUGCAUAUUGCUGAUCCGAUUUAUCCAGGUUUUUUUAUCAUCAGGACGUAUGUGUUCUGGAACAGAAAUAAAAUCUUGCUCGCGGCCAUCCUGGUCACCUAUCUCCUGUGUCUCGUAGGAUCCGUCAGCAUUAUCGUCGACACUACCGUCUCCGCAGCCUAUGUGACUAUCCCGAUCCUGGGCAUCACAGGGUGCUACCAGAGUUCAACCAGUGACCAGAUUUUUAUCCCAUUUGUUCUCUUUUCUGUGUUCGGACUGGGACUCAUGAUCCUCACGCUCAUACGUGCCAUAUAUAGCUGGCGGAGAAACACAAGCCGUCUGUACAUUGUCCUGAUGAACCAUAACAUAUUAUAUUAUGCUUGCGUUUUCCUAUUCUCAGUAAUGAACAUCUUCACAUCGUUGCUCCUCCAGGACUCCUAUCAGACCGUUUUGGAUGGUGUCCAGUUCCUAGCCCUUGCGACUGUUGCCACACGCAUGCACAUCCAUCUCUGGCAGACAAACCAACAUCUACGCGGCUCAAGCGGCCUGGUUCAUAUUCCAUUGUCCGACAUGUCAUAUGUGCAUAUCACAGCGUGAUGUCUUAUCAUGUGGUUUAUCCAGUUUCGUUCCUGGCCCGAGGUUUGGACUAUACAAGAUGACUGGUGGGGGUGGGUCUGGUAGAGUUCGUUACUACAUGUUUAAUUUACAGGAUGAGUCUGUCGUGGGGUGGGUGGAGCAUUUGGAUGGCCAUAUCUAUUUGACGUCCGUAGUCUCAGCUGCUGUACAUUAUCAUUUAUGCUACGACAAAUUCGACUUGAUCCAUGGUAACGAAGUUAUGAUACGGUAC